CUGUACACUGGAAUGGAAAAGGAAACAACUGAGGCUGACUUGGUUCACUUGCGCAACGCAUUAUUGCGAACAGUCGUUCCUCUGUGUUGCCUUGUGUAAUUUUGCUGUAAUCUAAUGCCUUUUUGCCUCUCUUGUAGUUUAUGAUUUUGCCGUGGAAUUGACCACGCACCUAUUCAUAGUAUUUUCUCCCAUUCUGUUAUUGUCCAAUAAAUUUUUACAGUCUGGGCCCAGUCAUUCGAUUCAUUCAUUAUUGCAUUGUAGUCGCAUAACGACAGGGUCGGAUCAUAGAACAUUAAGUUGCCAAAGCCACCAAUUUAGAAGAUUAUCUUACUGUUGUUGUUUGAUUUAGGGCAGCUCACAAUUGUAAUAACCUAAUCGGAAUAGAAACACGGAAGCUCAUUCGGCCAGAACGAAUUGCCAAGUACAGACCAACUGUCGAGAUACUUCCUAGUUUUCCUGAUUCUUUUUAUUUAAACGAGCUUGGUGUCAAUUUUGGUUCUUUUUCUGCUUGCGAUUUACGAAUUGGCUAGUCUACUUAUUGUGUCACUUACUGAUUUGUAACACUGCCUUUUAAACUACAAAACUUGACGACACAGAAGAUCGAAUAAGUAAUGAACCAACAUUUGAUUGCGACGCCCUUGCCAAUGCCGCCCCCUCCUCCGCCCUCAAUGGGGGGACCGACCGAGCGGAACAGUGAUGCAAAUAAUAAACUGGCAUCUAAAGAUUCCAGUGGACUUAACAUUACAGGUUUCCACGAUCUGAACCGAAUCAAGACCGAGUUUGGUCACGUUGCCGAGACCCAACAGAAGUCGGCGUCCAAUCAGAAUGCAGUGGAGUUGAUGAACGAUCCGGCGAGGAGAGGAGAUACGAGGCAGAACUUGUCAUCGGCGUCGUCAAUAAUUGACGGAAUCGGAAUCUCGGCCGCCGAAUUGAUCAAAGAGGUGCCGGAAGAUUACUACAACAGAAGCUCAGUUAUUGACCACAUGCGUGCAACAGAUAACAACUCUGUGAUGUCAACUCAAAAUGCAUCUGUUGGAGAUGCGAGACAGAUUGGGGCAACUAUAGCCCACUACAGUGCAAAUCCAACGACCGCUUCCUCCUACAGUAAUAGCAGUAGUAUAAAUAACAAUCAAAAUCAGAGCAAUAGCACUAACAGCAGUAUAACAAGUGCAAUAAUGGGUAAUGGUGGGGGUGACUCGGGGUCAACUGGGACGGGAUCAGUGGGAGGGAGUGGGGGUGUCAGUCAUCACCAGAACCUGUUGCACGACACAGGGAACAAGCGACUGCAUGUGUCCAAUAUCCCUUUCAGAUACAGAGAUCCUGACUUGCGCGUCAUGUUCGAAAAAUUUGGACCCGUCACAGAUAUUGAGAUCAUCUUCAACGAAAGGGGUAGCAAGGGGUUUGGGUUUGUUACUUUCAUAAGUAGUGCUGACGCGGAGAAAGCACGGGAAACGUUGCAUGGCACGUCAAUCGAGGGACGCAAAAUAGAGGUGAACAAUGCCACCCCGCGAGUGGUACCUCGGAAGAAAGAGCCGCCAAGUGUUUCUCCAUUCAUGAAUACGAACCACCUGUUGAACAACACUGCCAUGACGCCUCUUAUUGCCCAGUCGAUGAUGGGAGGAUCGGCCGCCGCUGCUGCUGCCGCUUUCUCGAAGUUCCAACCGGCACUCAACGCAGGCCAAAGUGCUCUUCGGAAUGUGGGGCCCCUUUUUGGAGGCGCAACUGGAGCUAACAACGCGUCUCUUCAGUCUCUACUUAGUCAGCUGCAGCAGAGCCAGGCCGGAGGAGCUAAUCCCUUCGGGAUGAAUCCGUUCGCUAAUCAGCAAAUAGGACAGGCUCUCAAUUUUAAUCCCUUGAUUUCGGCGGCUGCGACUAUGACCCCAAACCAAGCAGCCAGUCUCCUAGCUGGCAACCCUCUGUUCGCCAACACUGCUGCAGCACAAGUGAGCAGCUCAUCUGCGGGCCAACUGGAUCUUCAGAGUCUUCUGGGUGCGAAUGCGGCCACCGGGCAGCUCAAUGGAAACCACCCUAUGCUACUGAAUGCAUUGGGAGGGGGAGGAGUGCUGAGUAACGUCGAAGCAGCAAAUGCCUUGGGACUCAGUGCACUAGCAGGGCAGCAGAGGUCUAGCUUGAUGGAUAGUCAAAAUAUGAGAUUAAACAGAAGUGUUUCUUCGGUCAGCUCUCAAUUGAGUCAACAGAACAACCCGCAACUGAAGGAUCUUUACGCACUUCUGCAACAGCAACACGCAGCUCAAAAUGGACCCCAAGUUGUGACCUCCUUAGCCAACAGUUCGUCGGUUAUGGAAAACUGGAACAGCGAGAAUAAUUCUGUCCUGGCACAAGCACAGAUGCUUAUGAGCAAUCAACAGCAAUCAAGUCAACAGUCGAAUCAGCAGCAGCACCAAAUUCCAGUGUCUGGAUCGAAUAAUGUAAACGAGCUGCUUCUGCAACAGCUAAGUGCUCUGAACCAAGACGGCAACUCAUCCAACUUGGCCGGAUUGACAAGCAUGCAAAAAGCGAAUCUGAUUCAACUAAUAUUGGGAGCCAACAACGGUUCUAUGAACCAACAACAACUUUCUCUUCUAUCCCUCGCAACUGGAAUCUCUCUUUCCACAUUGAUGGCAUCAAUGUCGUCUGCAAGUGUAAACAACAACACCCACACCCCCAACAGCAAUCUAUCCUCCAAUCAUCAGACAUCAAGCCACGCCGACAGAUCCAAUCAGAAUGCAGAAUCACCAGGCGCUGCAAUGAACCCAACGUCCCUACCAGGUAGCGGCGGGAACACAUCGUCCCAAAAUGCGAACCAGAAUAACCCUAACUUGGUUAACAACAACAACAAUAACCUCAAUGCAUGUCUGAUGGCACUGAUGAAUAAAGUAUCGGCAGGUGUCCCCAAUUUGCAAGGAGGCGGAGCUUCCGUCCAAGACAUUCAGAGGUUGGCGGCUGGCGAUGCAAGUAGUGGGCCUGGCGCAAGUUUCCUAGCUAACAGGGCAGCCGCGAAUGCACAGAGAAACGCAGUGAAUGUUCCGAACGGAGGCUCACAGCAACAGCAGCUUUCAAGAAGCAUUCGGAGAUUCGCUCCCUACUAACUAACAGCUUAAUUUAUUACAGACUUCAGGGUCAGUGCAAUACAGUCAAACUAGUUAAUAACUCUGAACUUACAUUAUUAUAAGGUCACUUUUGUAGAGAAUAUUUGUACUUUGGUUCGUUUCUAGAACAUGGAAUGUUUAGUUUUAAUUUAUAUAUUCGAAACAGGCAGUAAAUUAUGAAUUUCAAUUUUGAGGGUGCUUUUCUACUUAAAGUUGAACUGGAAGAAAAAGUAUUAAUUGCUAAAUCAAAUUCUAAUUAUGCAGUUUUCGUGAAAUUUUUGCCUCGUAGAGGCAUCACAAACUUUCUUUUGUCAAAGGUUUGAUUGCCGCUUUAGUUUUGCAAUAAUUUUUCUCUUUAUAAAAACGGUCAAAUGAAAUAAUAGAUUAGUUCAAUUAUUUAUUGUCGAAAAGUUCUGCUGGAAUACAAUUUUCGUUUGCAGUAUGUUUUAGAAUUGAGCAAUUUUAGCAUAAACUGAUUCUAAUCGUUAAAAAUUCUCUUUGAAUGAGUGUUCCAUAAUUUGUUUUUGAAGAUAAAGGGUGCAAUAUAAUUACUCAUGACAUUUGAAGUUUUUCAUUCGAGGAUGAAGGUGCCACAUCGUAAUGAGACUAGAAAGCGAACAUAAAAAUAUGAAAACACCAUCAAAGCAGUGAUGAAAAAGCUUAUUAGAUCAGUAUAAUUCAAGAGCGGCGAACACAAUUACAGCGAGAACGCUCUACGUAAAGUUACUCUGUUCAUCUCUUUUACUCAUUACAGCAAGUAAAAACUCACUUUUGCACCGGCGCAGUUUUAGUCAACGCUUAGUUUUAAAUCCAACUGAUACUAACUUGACCUCGGCUCUCGGCUUUGGCUUCGUUUACUGAAUUUCUAACUUGACUUCUGGGCUGAGCAUUGACUUGACCUCUGAUUUGACCUCUGAUUUGACCUCUGAUUUGACCUCUGAGUUGACCUCUGAAUUGACCUCUGCCUCGAAAUCUG